AUGUCUAUCCCUGCAACCCACUCUAUCUCAAGUAAGAUUCAAGUACACAAUCCCAUUGUUGAACUUGAUGGCGAUGAGAUGACUAGAGUUAUUUGGUCUAAAAUCCGUAAUGAACUCAUCUUACCUUACAUGGAUUUAAACAUCAAAUACUACGAUCUUGGUAUACUCAACAGAGACGCUACAAACGAUCAAGUUACUGUCGAUUCUGCUGAAGCUAUCAAGCAAUACAACGUUGGUAUCAAGUGCGCAACUAUCACCCCAGACGAAGCUAGAGUUGAAGAGUUCAAUUUAAAGCAUAUGUGGAGAUCUCCUAAUGGCACUAUUAGAAAUAUUAUCGGUGGUACCGUUUUUAGAGAACCUAUCAUCCUCAAAUCUGUUCCAAAGCCUAUCCCCGGUUGGACCAAACCCAUCGUAAUCGGUAGACAUGCCUUCGGUGAUCAAUACCGCUCAACUGAUUUAAUCGCCGACAAGCCGGGUAAAUUAGAGUUGGUUUACACUCCUCAAGGUGGUCAACCUCAACAGCUUCACGUCUAUGACUUUAAAGGUAGUGGUGUUGCUAUGGCCAUGUACAACACAGAUGACUCUAUUACCGGUUUCGCUCACUCUUCAUUCCAAACAGCUUUAGCUAAGAAAAUGCCUUUAUAUAUGUCUACCAAAAACACCAUUCUCAAAAAAUACGAUGGUAGAUUUUUGGAAAUUUUUGCUGAUGUCUUCAACACUCAUUACAAGAAACCAUUCGAACAAGCUGGCAUCACUUAUGAACACAGAUUAAUCGAUGACAUGGUUGCACAAGCUAUCAAAUCCUCUGGUGGUUUCGUUUGGGCAUGCAAGAACUACGAUGGUGACGUUCAGUCUGAUAUCCUCGCACAAGGUUUCGGUAGCUUAGGUAUGAUGACCUCAGAGUUAAUUACCAGUGAUGGCAAAACUCUAGAAGCUGAAGCUGCUCAUGGCACUGUCACUCGUCACUGGAGACAAUAUCAACAAGGUAAAUCUACCUCAACUAACCCUGUAGCUUCCAUAUUCGCUUGGACUAGAGGCUUGUCUCAUAGAGCAAAAUUGGAUAACAACUCUCAACUGAAAAACUUUGCUGAGAAAUUGGAACAAAUCUGCGUUGAGACUAUCGAUAAAGAUGGUGUCGUCACUAAAGAUUUAGCCGUGUCUAUCCAAGGUGGCGCAAAUAAUCUUCGUGAUGAACACUACGUAAAUACUGAUACUUUCCUCGAACACAUCAAAUCGAAACUGGAAAGCGCUAUUUCAAACUAA